ACCUGAAAUAUAAUCACUAAACACAUUUUCUAUAUUAUUUCUGUAGGGGUGACAGUGGUUUUCUUAGGACAUUUUUAUGGCAACCUCUUAGGUUAAGAGUUUCACUCUCAUUUGAAAUCUGUCACAAGACCAGGGAAGUGCAUUCAUUAUACAACUAUUUAAUAAAUAAGUUCCCCAGUUGGAAGAGCUAGACUUUUAUGUGAGGUCAGGCCAGUUGAAGACAUUGACAAAGAAUUAGUUGUUUGUUAUUGCUAUGUGAGUUGCAAGAAUGGAAAAAAAAAGAAAUUCUUUCUUCAAUACUUCCUUCCAGGCUGAGUCAUCACUAGAGAGUGGGAAGGGCAGCAGCAGCAGAGAAUCCAAACCCCAAAGCUGAUAUCACAAAGUACCAUUUCUCCAAGUUGGGGGCUAGAGGGGAGCCAUCAUGAGCGAUGUUACCAUUGUGAAAGAAGGUUGGGUUCAGAAGAGGGGAGAAUAUAUAAAAAACUGGAGGCCAAGAUACUUCCUUUUGAAGACAGAUGGCUCAUUCAUAGGAUAUAAAGAGAAACCUCAAGAUGUGGAUUUACCUUAUCCCCUCAACAACUUUUCAGUGGCAAAAUGCCAGUUAAUGAAAACAGAACGACCAAAGCCAAACACAUUUAUUAUCAGAUGUCUCCAGUGGACCACUGUCAUAGAGAGAACAUUUCACGUAGACACGCCAGAGGAAAGGGAAGAAUGGACAGAAGCUAUUCAGGCUGUGGCGGACAGACUUCAGAGGCAAGAGGAAGAGAGAAUGAAUUGCAGCCCCACUUCACAAAUUGAUAAUAUAGGGGAGGAAGAGAUGGAUGCUUCUACAACGCAUCAUAAAAGAAAGACAAUGAAUGAUUUUGACUAUUUGAAACUACUAGGUAAAGGCACUUUUGGGAAAGUUAUUUUGGUUCGAGAGAAGGCAAGUGGGAAAUACUAUGCUAUGAAGAUUCUGAAGAAAGAAGUUAUUAUUGCAAAGGAUGAAGUGGCACACACUCUAACAGAAAGCAGAGUAUUAAAGAACACUAGACAUCCCUUUUUAACAUCCUUGAAAUAUUCCUUCCAGACGAAAGACCGUUUGUGUUUUGUGAUGGAAUAUGUUAAUGGAGGAGAGCUGUUUUUCCAUUUGUCGAGAGAGCGGGUGUUCUCUGAGGACCGCACACGUUUCUACGGUGCAGAAAUCGUCUCUGCCUUGGACUACCUGCAUUCCGGGAAGAUUGUGUACCGUGAUCUCAAGCUGGAGAAUUUGAUGCUGGACAAAGAUGGCCACAUAAAAAUUACAGACUUCGGACUUUGCAAAGAAGGGAUCACAGACGCGGCCACGAUGAAGACGUUCUGUGGGACACCAGAGUACCUGGCCCCGGAGGUGUUAGAAGACAAUGACUAUGGCCGGGCUGUGGACUGGUGGGGCCUGGGGGUCGUCAUGUAUGAAAUGAUGUGCGGGAGGCUACCCUUCUACAACCAGGACCACGAGAAACUUUUUGAACUAAUACUAAUGGAAGACAUUAAGUUUCCUCGAACACUCUCUUCAGAUGCAAAAUCAUUGCUUUCAGGGCUCUUGAUAAAGGAUCCAAAUAAACGCCUCGGCGGAGGGCCAGAUGAUGCAAAAGAAAUUAUGAGACACAGUUUCUUCUCGGGAGUAAACUGGCAAGAUGUAUACGAUAAAAAGCUUGUACCUCCUUUUAAGCCUCAAGUAACAUCUGAGACAGAUACCAGAUAUUUUGAUGAAGAAUUUACAGCUCAGACUAUUACAAUAACACCACCUGAAAAAUAUGACGAGGACGGCAUGGACUGCGUGGACAACGAGCGGCGGCCACACUUCCCUCAGUUCUCCUAUUCGGCCAGUGGACGUGAAUAAGCCUCUCUCAUCCUGCUACUGCACCGUCACCAUGGGUUGAUCACUGAAAACGGUUCCCGGUCAUCACAGCGGUCCUCGCUCUGACAGACGGCAGGAGCGCCUUCAGACACGCAGACCGGUCCCAGGUCUUCGCCCCUCGCCACCUCUCGCCCACCCGAGAACACACAUAACGCAAAUACACUCGACUUUUUGUUUUUGCAUGAACUUGUAUCUCAGUCUAAGGUCUCAUGCUGUUGCUGCUACUGUCUUACUAUUAUAGCAACUUUAAGAGGUAACUUUACAAUCUGGGGAAGUCAUGAGCCCACCAUGAUUCACGUGUGCACCAAUGUCAUCUUCUGAUCUUUUUCAUUGUUCUUUUUCCCUAACAGUGAAGGAUAAGUGAGAUACACUGAUUCUAGGUACAUUUUUUAACUUUCUAGAAGAGAAAUCAAAAACUAAUUAGACUAAGAAGAUUUAGUUUAUAAUGCAGAACAAGCAGUUGUGCAAGGGUGGUGAUGUGCAUAUGCAAAUUUUAGCAAAGCAUCUCAGAUCAGUGCAUAAAGUAAGCAUUUAUCACUAAGAUCUGGCUGAAAUGCAUUAGGAAGCAUUUGUGGGAAGGACUGAACAACGGCUGAGAUAUGUACGUGUAUCUCUCUAUGUAUUUAAAUUCCUGUUGGAUACUGCAGAGGAAGCCUGGCGUUACGCGUGGACGUCAUGGGCAGGCAAACGUGGCUCUGCAAGGAAGGAAGCCAGCCUGUGCCCUGCAGAGCCAAGUCACGUCAAGGGUCUAUGGUAGGAUUGGCACCAGAAAGCAUUUUUUCCCCUGUGCUUGGAAACCUCUUCCCAUUAUACUGUUUUUCGCCUCUGAUGGCUGAAGAAUGUAGACAGGUAUAACGAUCCUGCUUUUCACCAAAAUUCGUACACCAAGGUAAACAGUGUUUGCCAUAUUUGUUUGAAUUUUUCAUUUUAGUUCUACGGGAGUUAGCUUUUUCUCAGAUGUUAGAACUUUGAAUGUCCUCUGAUGAUUUUGUUUAUAUUGCAGUAGUAUUUAUUUUUUAGUGAUGAGCAUUGUUUGUCAUGUUAGCAAAUGCAGCUCCAACUUACAUAAAAUAGACGUACUGCGGUUUAUUUUGACCCACGUGCAGGAAUGUACACGCCGAGGAGAUUCAUGCACUUUUUCUCCUUUGUGACAAAAUUUGGAUGAGGCUCUGAAAUUGUACAUAUUGGUUAGAAUUUGGCUUUGGGAGAAGAGAUGCUGUCAUCUAACCCCUUGGUGCUAAAAAUGCGAAAAUUCCCAACUGCCCAUGCCAAGGGGUCAGCGAAACAAAUGGGCGUUGAUAUUCGCUCAUUUGAGAAUUGAGACGUUAUGACGGCCUGACAACAUAAUGAGAUGAAGAAAAUUGAGACCUGAAUGAUGAUAAAUGAACCUACUUGGCAAAAUAAACACAUCUCAAGUGUUUACGAAGGAGGCAGUGAAAGAUAAGAACCUGGUGUGUUUAUUCUGAUCCUGGUACAUUUAUCACUGAAUUAAGCCAUCAGGGAAACAAAACGAAACAAAAACAAAAAAAGAACACCUCCAACUUUUCUUUUUCUGUAUAUACUCAUGUCCCCGCAUUCCAACAUUUCUCACUGAAAGGGGACAUGUAUGCAAACCUCAUCUUUCUCCUUCAUUAUGACGAUCUUCAGAUUAAACCCUUUGGUGCUAGGAGCUGACAUUUUCCAAAGCAGCCUAUGAAAUCCGGGGGCCGACGGCCCCCCGGAGCGAUCAUGGAGAUGUAUUUUAGUUAAACUCUCUGACAGCUCCCAAAUGGAAGACCACAGUGUGAUGUAGUAUUGUGAUCACAUCACUGGAUGAAAGAGCAAGUGACUUUCUGAGCAGGAUGGAUGAGUGAUACUCACGGGCAGAUGUCUUAGCCUCCGGUCGCUGAAAGUGUGGAUUCACAGACACGAAGCCACUGCUGGCGGUGGGUGGGCCGCUGGGACUGCCGGGGGCUAAAGGGCAUUUUACUAAGGCAGCUAAGACAUAUUCAGACAUAGGUUUUAUCCUAAUUUUUCAUAUUUCUACCUGAGUGAAGUUCAUCCUUAGUAUUGAGUAGGAAGUUACCGUAAACGGUAGUUCACUCUUACACAUAUCGCUCAACUUUUUUUUUUUCCCACUUGGAAUUAUGUUGAAUGUUGCACCUUGACAAGAAAGUAGACUAGAAGGUAUGUCUUGUAAGUUGUCUUGCAUUCAUUUUAUAAAAAAGAAACAGGUGAGAGGAAGAGGAGAGAGCUGAGGCUGGCUGCACACAGCAUGGGGUCCUUUCGAGGGUAGGCAUGGCACCAGACACUGAGCACAUCGGUAACUUUUAUUUUUGUUGUUUUUUGUUCUUUUCCAAACUUUAAAGUGAUUUCCAUGACCUUGGCCAAGGACGUGUCCUAAAGGUUAAUAGCAGCGGUGACAGUGCCCCGGGCUGGCCCCUCCUCACAGCCGGCUCUCAGUCCCCAGCCGUGUUCCAGGCCCCAUCACUCACCUCCGCCCCCACCCUCCCCCAGGAUCCCGUUUGAGUCACGCCAGGUGUUUUCUUGGCUUCGAUUGUGAGAAUCAUCCCUUCCCCUCACUCCCAGGUCUCAGUCAGCUGGCACGGAGGCCUAACAGAGAGACAGGAACCUGUCGGAGGAGGUUUCUUGAACUUCCCCCGUGUCUGCCCGUAGCUGUAGCUUAGAUUCCAGCCAACGGAGAGGCCUGAACCCCGGCACCGCUCAGGCAGAGUGCAGCUCCGGCGGUGUGGACCCCACCUUGAACCACGGAGCUACCGUGACGUCUGCCCUCUCCGGGGCAGCUGGCCAUUUCCGCGUGGUGUUUUUGGCAGGGUUGCCCACAGCUUUGCUUUCGACACUAACGACAUAGCAUCGUUCCAGUAUUGUUUUCCAUUUCCCAUACCUGAUUUCCGGCUUCUUACAGCUGACUGUUCUUGCGGGGGCCACUUGCUUCUCCUAGAGUACAAACCACGGUAAGGGCCUUCCUUACUAACUGCAGGGUCUAUAUAUUACACCUCAGUGUACACACUUUGCUGCUACGUUCGUACUGUCUUCGGUAGAAUUUCCUGACCUUGCUCCUGGUUAGUGCAUUACAGGCAAGCAUGAAAUGUAAAGUAUUUAUUUAAAUAAAAAGAAAACCUCUAAAUUGGUCAUUGAAUUACCUCCCUGUAGCUUUAUAGUUUGUGACAUUUCUUGACUUCUUUCAUUAGAUCCGCGCAAGAUCUAGUCAUCUGGUGAAGGAUUCUAAGCAGAUGCAAACCAUGACCCCAAGAAACUGUAUUACUAUUACUGUUGGUCAUACUAAAACUGUUCAUUUCCUGAAGUAUAUGACCCACAAGGAUGUGAAAUAACUACAAGAAACUGUUUUUGUACACUGUACAUCCUUAGUAUUUUUACACGUAUAUGAUAGGGUGCACAUUAUUUUCCUCGUACAGACAGCUUAAAUAAAGCACUAUGUCAAUCUCUUACUUCUCUGUUUAUUGUUGUUGGACGUGGUUCUGUAAUCUCAGAAAAUCAAAUACUGUUCUUUCCUAGAAAAAAAAAGAUUUUUUAAUAGCUCCACCUGUUACUAACCUACCCUGUAUAAAGCGUGACAGGAAAAUAUGUAAAUUUCUUGUAGCUCAAAACACACGCGGGAUUAUUUUAUUACUUUACUAAAACGGCAAUAGUGCAGUUGUACCAACUCUGAUGAAGGGCUACGUCCAAAGGGGAGCCACCGAGCUCCCAGCACCGGGUGUAAGACACACCUGCGGCGAGGCCAGGGGCGGGCUGUCUCCCUGGAGAUUGGUAAGACCCUAAUCAUCUUCACGCCAGAUGGUUUGGACCCAGAAUCCUUUAGGCGUGUAGCUCCUCAGUGACGUCUUCCUGCUCACGUGGCUCUGCGUACUUCCUUUCUGAGUAGAUUUUUAGCACUUGAUGGCAAGUUAAACUUAGACGUGGGUAGCAGAUGGGUGGGAUGAUCGGACUACAAUCUGAUUUACCUAGAGUCAUCGCGGACGGGGCCUUUUUCUGAUUUUACCUCAUAGACCUACUAUUGUAGAACCUUGGCUUUGCUCCUGCGACUAAGCCAGCUACAGGAAUGGCUUUGGGACCAAAGUUAGUCAAGCAUGUAUGUGUAUGUCACACGCCAAAU